GUGAUUCUGUUUUAUACCCAAAACACAGGUUGACUGCAGUCCUCAUUGAGCCAGUCAUUAGACUACCAUUUUGGAAUACAGUGGACAUGUUGCACAUCAACAUCAGAUACAUCAAAUGGACCAGGACAACCAGCAUCUUUUGGAAAUGCCCCUCCCAUGAUUCCACCACCAUUUAUGGGACCGCCUGGUAUGCCUCCACCGUUUCCACCUAUGGGCAUGCCACCCAUUGGCCAGAGACCACCAAAUAUGCCACCUUUGCCACCAGGUAUGAUGCCACCAAUGAUUCCUCCAAUGGCUGGACCACCAAUGGGACAGAUGCCUGGAAUGAUGCCUCCCAUGAUGACGGGAAUGAUGAUGUCUCGUAUGCCAACUGCUCCCAUACAAGCAAGUGCACCUCCGCCAGGAGUUAGCACCACAGUGACAGAAGUAACAUCAGCUUCUCCAGCCACUAUAGUUCAGGUUACAAAUCCUACAGUUUCUAGCGUUCAGCAAAUUUCUACUACUAAUGAAUCUUCUGGAGAAGAGCAGACCAAAAAGAAAUCUGUUUGGACUGAACACAAAUCUCCAGAUGGAAGAACAUACUUCUACAAUUCUGAGACAAAACAGUCGACGUGGGAGAAGCCCGAUGAACUGAAAUCACACGCAGAGCAAUUAUUAUCAAAAUGCCCUUGGAAAGAAUAUAAAUCUGACACUGGGAAACCCUAUUAUUAUAAUUCUCAAACAAAAGAGUCUCGAUGGACAAAACCCAAAGAAUUGGAGGAACUGGAAGAAAUGAUCAGAGCUGAGGAAGAAAAUGGUGUUAAGGAAGCUUCUCUGUCCACUGUGUCAACUUCUGUUCAAGAGGCAACAACGACCACCCCAGUGGAGGUUACUGAGAAUGAAAUUACAACCACUGAAGAUCAUGAAAAGGAACAAACAACAGCUGUUGAGCAGUCUGAACCCGAACCUGUAGAGAUCAUUUCUCAGCCAGUAGAAGAAGUAACAAAGCAAGAGAUCCAAGAAAAUGAUAUUCCAAAAAAGGAGGAGGAAGUGAAAAAAGAACCAGUGAGGAAGACCUAUACCUGGAACACAAAAGAGGAGGCAAAACAUGCAUUUAAAGAGCUACUGAAGGAAAAGGGUGUCCAGUCAAAUGCCUCAUGGGAACAAGCAAUGAAAAUGAUUAUAAAUGAUCCUAGGUAUAGUGCAUUACCAAAACUUAGUGAAAAGAAGCAAGCAUUCAAUGCGUAUAAAAUACAAACCGAAAAAGAGGAAAAGGAAGAAGCCAGACUCCGCUAUAAAGAAGCAAAAGAAAACUUUCAGCGAUUUCUUGAAAACCAUGAGAAAAUGACAUCUACUACCAGAUACAGGAAAGCUGAACAGAUGUUUGGAGAGACAGAAGUGUGGACAGCAGUUCCUGAGCGGGAUCGACAGGAGAUCUAUGAAGAUGUUUUGUUUUUCUUGGCCAAAAAAGAAAAGGAACAAGCAAGGCAACUAAGAAAGAGAAAUACCCAAGCGCUGAAAAAUAUCCUUGACAACAUGGCUAAUGUAACAUACUGCACCACGUGGUCAGAGGCACAGCAAUAUCUAAUGGAUAAUCCAACUUUUGCAGAAGAUGAAGAGUUGCAAAAUAUGGAUAAAGAAGAUGCCCUUGUUUGUUUUGAAGAGCAUAUAAGAGCAUUAGAGAAGGAGGAAGAGGAGGAAAAACAACGAGGUUUGCUUCGAGAGCGGAGAAGGCAGCGCAAAAAUAGGGAGGCCUUUCAAACCUUCCUGGAUGAGUUGCAUGAAAGCGGGCAUUUGCAUUCCAUGUCUACCUGGAUGGAGUUGUAUCCUGCUAUCAGUGCUGAUAUUAGAUUUUCUAAAAUGUUGGGCCAACCUGGAUCUACUCCACUUGAUCUUUUCAAAUUUUAUGUGGAAGAUCUAAAAGCACGCUUCCAUGAUGAAAAGAAAAUAAUAAAAGAUAUUUUGAAGGAUAAAGGUUUUGUGGUAGAAGUCAAUACUACAUUUGAAGAAUUUGGUACAGUCAUUAGUUCAGAUAAGAGAGCAGCUACACUUGAUGCUGGUAACAUUAAACUUACUUUUAACAGUUUGUUAGAAAAAGCAGAAGCUCGAGAACGUGAAAGAGAAAAGGAAGAAGCUAGAAAACUAAAGCGAAAAGAAACUGCUUUCAAAAGCAUGUUAAAGCAAGCCACUCCUCCUCUGGAACCAGAAUCAAAUUGGGAUGAGGUUCGAGAGAGGUUUGUAAACGAGUCUGCUUUUGAAGACAUUACUGUCGAAUCUGAAAGAAAAAGACUUUUCAAGGAAUUUCUACAAAUUCUUGAGCAUGAAUGCCAACAUCAUCAUUCAAAGAGCAAAAAACAUUCCAAGAAGUCAAAAAAGCAUCACAGGAAGCAUUCUCGUUCUCGUUCAGCCUCAGAAUCAGAAGAUGAUGAUUAUCACCAUUCGAAGAAAAAGAAGCGUUCCCAUUCAAAGUCCCCUUCAGACAGAACCUCUAGUGAAGAGUCAGAACGAAGUUACAAAAAGUCCAAAAAACACAAGAAAAAGGGCAAAAAGAGAAGACGCAAAUCUGUUACUCCUGAAUCUGAAGGAGAACGAGAACGUGAGCGGGAAAGAGAAAGAGACCGGGAUAGACGAGAGAAAGAAAGAAGCAGGGAUGACGAGAAAGAAAGAAAUAGACACAGAUCACAGUCAAAGCACAAAUCACCCAGAAAAGCCACCAACAAAGAUACAGCAAAUUGGGAAACCUCUGAUAGUGAGCUAAGUGAGGGGGAACUGGAAAAACGAAGACGAACUCUCUUGCAGCAACUUGAUGAUGACCAGUAAUUAACACUUGUAUGUAUAAAUCAACCAAGUCAAAAGUUGGGUGAGGGCAGUCUUUUAACAAGUACUCAAAAGAAUUAAAUAUGAUCUCCAAUGUUUUGACACCUGUUGUAAUUUACAGGGGGUAUGAUGAUAUGAAAAUAUUACAGAUCCCGCAAACUUUCUUUCAAUAUGUGAGCAGUGGAGUUUCUUUAUUAUGUAGAUAAAUCCUUCUGAUUCCAAGAUCAACCAGCUUAAGUUUGGGUGCACAUCAUGCUACAAUACUUGAUAUUCAUUAUGGGUCUUAAAACAUACCCAUGAUUUCUUCAAAAAGCACCUGUACCCUUAUUAAUGUGUACAAGUCACUUCUGAUCUGUUUCUGUAUCCAACAGCAAGCUUCUGAUGUCAGAAUCUGUAAGCAGUUCACAAGUGUUUUUGGAAUGUUGAAGAUGUAAGGGAGUUCCAGAGUUUUGCCCAGAAAUUGUUUAGCUUGUUUUACUUCGAUUGUGGGAGUAACUACAAACAGUGGAUUUUAUUGUUUGGUUAAACUAUUUAUGCCAUCGUACAUUAUGAAAUAUAAAGAGAAAAUCCCUGGGUAAUCACAAAGGACAUAAACAAACUAGUCGUGGCUCUGAAGAUAGCAUGGCUCGAUGAUAGCAUUCAGAGAGAGUGAGCUACCUGCUAUUUCUGACACAAGUAGUUUUUCUGUAUCCAACUGAACAAAGCUAGCUCUGUUGUGAGAACUGGGACCUUUGUGUGUGAUGGCCAUGAAUCUAGACAAUUCAAUUUCAAAAAACCUGUUAAGUUUAUUAAAAUGGAAAGAAUAUUAGAUAGGUGUGCCACAAAAAAAUGUAGCAGGGUUUUUUGCUAUUAGUAAUUCAAAACUAAAUUUAUUCUAAAUCUUGAUAGCUUGGAUUCCUGUUUUAUUGUAGUCAAUUUUGUAAUUUCAAGGACAUUUUUAUUCUAAUGUCUUUAUCCAUUGGAAAACAUUCAUACAAAAAAAAUUGGAGCAUGAUGCAGCAAAGAAAUAAGUUUGUAUUUGUAGCAAAGUUCAUUUUCCCAAACAGUACUGCAAAUUUUAUUGAAGUUGUUCUAAAAUUUAAUUUUCCAAGGCAUGAAAUGCAGCAGAGGGUUUAUUUUCCAUCUCUGUAUAUACUUGUGUCUGAAAUACUUCAGUGUUGCUCAUAAAGGGAGCAGAAUAUUUUUGUAUGUUUUAACACAGAAACAUUAAAAUUUGUUUUCUGCUGAAA